AUGUAUAGAAAUGUAAUUCAUCAUUUUCAAUUACAUAAACAACGUAAUAGAAUAUCUGUUGGUAUUGGAAUAAUUCUUUUACUAAGUAUUUAUUUAACAAUAAAUUUAUUUGAAAAAUAUUUCAAUGAACAAAAAUUAUUAUUAAAAACUCGCAGAAAAAUUUCUCAAUGUCCACCAUUAUUAUCUUCAUUCAAAGGAUAUUUUCGUGUAGAUUUUACUAGAAAUUUUUCAUUAAAUUAUUCAUUAAUUUGUAAAUCAAAUGAUAAAUUACUUAUUUAUAUUCUUUCAACAGCAAAAAAUUUUGAAAGACGAAAAAUAAUUCGUGAAACAUGGGCAAAAAAAAAUGUUUAUCAACAAUUAAAUGAUAUCUGUUUUAUUUUUAUUGUUGGUCUUUCAACAAAUUCUUCUCAUAACAAUGAUAUUUAUAAUGAAGGUUUAUUGUCUAAUGAUAUAAUUCAAUUAAAUAUUGAAGAAUCUUAUAAAAAUGUUGUUUAUAAAGAAGUUGGAGCACUUCAAUGGUCAUUUAUUUAUGCAUCAAAUAUUCCUUAUCUAUUUAAAACAGAUGAUGAUCUUAUUAUUGAUACAUUAUUAUUAAGUGAUACUGUUACCUUCUUAAUUAAUAAUCAAACAGAUCAUAGUCUUUAUUUACAAAAACAAAUUUCGUUACAACCAUUUAUUCAAGAUAUGUAUCAUGUGGAUAAAUAUACAUUAUUUAAAGGACACGAUAUGUUAACUAUUCCAACACUGAGAAGAGGAAAAUUUCGUAUACAUGAUUUAGCUUGGAAUAGCGAGUAUUUACCACGUUAUUGCAGUGGAUUUGGAUUUCUGUAUUCAUCAUUUAUUCGUGAUCGUCUUUAUCGAGCAUCACUUUGUUAUGCAAAUGAAUAUGUUCCAUUAGUUGGUGAUGUAUUUUUAUCUGGUUUUCUUGCUGGUACAGCAUCUGUUCGUUGUAGUGGAUGGUUAUUAAAGAAUGCUCAACCUGAAUCUGAUUGUCCAAUUAUUUUUCAUAAUAAUCCUCAAUUACUUGUUUGUUCAACACCAUUACAUAGAGGAAAACAAAUUUAUUCAGAUUUUUACUCAGCAUGGAAAAUUAUUGUUAAACGACAUUCAGUUUAUUCAAAUGAAUCUAGUCGAGAUAGUUAA